AUGGCGAGCGCGGACUCCGUCAAGUUCCAGUCCGUCAUCUCGCAGGUGGAGACCCUGCACCUCCAUGUUCACAAUCCCAGGGAGCAGGUAGCUGAUGCAGAGGCAUUGCUGGACAUUGCCAGCAGUUUGGCGGCGUCUGUAAGGUCCCAGUCAGCACUAGGAAUCACGCCUUCUCAUUUAGUUGCUGCACUCCUCAACAAGUUUGGGGUGCAAGGGGAUGCCGAUGGCGAGGGUGCCUCGUUGAGAUGGUCUGAUGUUGGGCUUGCUGCGUCUCAUGUCUUCAUGGCUGUGCCUGGAUGCUGCACCAUGUUUGGUCCCAUGACGACAGAAGUGAAGCCACGGAGAACACAUACCAGUAGAAGGAGGACUGCCAGGCCGAGUAGAAAUGAUUGCCCUGAACAGCUUGCAGAUCCAGAGACAACAACGACUGAUACAGACAGGAACAUGGCUGCUCUGUUUAAUGUUCUGAGGAAGAAGAAAAAAGCAAGACUCGAAAACCUUGUUUUGAACAGAAUGUCCUUUGCCCAAACGGUGGAGAACAUAUUUGCUUUGUCAUUCCUAGUUAAAGAUGGCAGAGUGGAAAUGAAUGUGAAUGACGAUGGCCAUCAUAUCCUCUCUCCAAGAAAUGCACCUGCUGCUGGUGCAAUUGCCUCAGGAGAAGUGAAAUACAGCCAUUUUGUCUUCAGAUACGAUUUUAAAGACUGGCAGCUCAUGAAAGGGAUCGUCGCGGAGGGUGAAGAACUGAUGCUGCACAGGCCGCCUUCUCUCAGCACGUCUGGAGGAAAUACCCAGGCGGAGAUGCCUGCACGCAGCACGCCUGGAGGAAAUACCCAGGCGGAGAUGCCUGCACGCAGCACGCCUGGAGGAAAUACCCAGGCACGCAGCACGCCGGGAGGCAACGAGGAUCCUGCGACACCUGCGCAUGGCAUGUCCGGGGGAAACAACGAGCCUGAGAUGCACGCGCACACAACUUCAAUCAGGAAGCACUGCAGGAACCGGGGCCUGGUCACACAAGCGCGGCAAGACGAGGCGACAGCCAUGGACAAUACGCAGGGAGCCAUGGAGGAUAAGCAGCAGGCGGAUGCGCAGGAUGAGGCGAUCCGCACGGUGGUCAAGCGGGAGGACAUGGAGAUGGGCAAGGACAGGCCGGAGAUGGUCCAGACGUACAAGCGCAAGCGAUCUGAUCGCCAUCCACCCGCCGGCGGCCACCGUGCACAUGCGUCUUGCGGUUCCUUUGGUGUCGGUAAAGAGUUUACCCGGCUCUAG